GCCCUACGGUUGAUGAUGUUUGUGCGCAAUUGAAAUGAAUACAUCGGACAGUAUUCUGAGUUGACGUCUGAGUUGCGAUCUUUAUAUAUACACAAUCUAUGGUUGCGACACCGCUGAGUUGAACAAGCAGUGGCAGUCCAAACUUCAUAACUCAGAAUGGAGAGCCUCGAAACUGCAGCCAAAAUGGAAUUGUCAACAAACUUUUCCCAGGUUCUGUUUCAGGAAAUCCCCAACUCAUAUGCAUCAAAUGUUGCCUUGACUUGCUGCUACACUCUGACAGCAGCCAUCCAACCGAAUCCCAGAGACUGGGUGGGGAUAUUCAAGGUGGGCUGGAGCACCACAAAGGAUUAUCACACAUUUGUGUGGGUAGAACCAUCAUUGGAUCUGAUAGGACAGGAGCCAGUCAGAAAACAAGUGUUUUUUACUGCAUACUACUUGCCAAAGGAUAACGCAGAGUUCUAUCAGUUCUGCUAUGUUGAUAGCAAUGGCCAAGUGAGAGGAGCCAGCACCCCCUUCUGCUUUAAAACCCCAGGGGAACAAAGCACAGACUGCAGUCUUGAAAACGACCUCUUGGUGAUCACAACUCAGGAAAUGGUAGAGCAACGUGAGAGGGAGAAAGAAGAGCUGGUCAUGGAGUUGGGGCAACUGAAAGAGCAAAAUGACACUCUGAGAAGUGCCCUGAAAGAGCAACAGCAAGAGAUUGAUCACCUCAAGCUGUCAAAAGAGGAACUAUACCAGGCAGACGGGAACAUGGAGAAGCAGCAGCAGAAUGCAAGAAAGCAUGAAGAACUGACACAGAACGCUAAACCAAUGGAUGACUCACACAGAGGGCAGGAGGAACAGGUGGAGCAAAGUGAGAGGGAGAAAGAAGAGCUGACCAUGGAGUUGGGGCAACUGAAAGAACAAAAUGAGACUCUGACAUGUGCCUUAAAGGAUCAGCAGCAAGAGGUUGACCGCCUCAAGGAAUCGACAGAGAAACUGGUACAGUUAGUGAGCAAACUGGAGCAACAGCAACAGAAUACUAGAGAGCAUGAAGAACUGACACAGAAUGCCAAAUCAAUGGAUGAAUCACAGAGAGGACAGAAGUCUCUGACCCCCAUUCAUGAAAAAUAUUUGGGGAAUUUAGUGUCAAAACAUGUGACAGCUUCUCUGACCCCUAUUUGUGAGAAAUAUGAAAGAGCGUUGAUCAAGAUCAAACAGCUAAAGAAAGAGCGAGAGGAGUUAAGAGGAAAGGUUGAGGUCCAAAGUGUGGAGAUGGCACAGCUGAGCCCAAGGCUCAAAGAAUCUGAGCGAGAGUCACACAGACUGAAGGCUCACAUUCAGCUUUUACAGGUGGAUCUCCAGAGCAGUGAGAAAGAGAAGAAAUGUUCUGCCCUAAAGGAGCAACAGCAAGAGUCUCUGACCCCUAUUCAUGAAAAAUAUUUGGUGAAUUUAGUGUCAAAACAUGUGACAGCUUCUCUGACGAAUAUUUGUGAGAAAUAUGAACGAGCGUUGAUCAAGAUCAAACAGCUGAAGACGGAGCGAGAGGAGUUGAAAGGAAAGGUUGAGGUCCAAAGUGUGGAGAUGGCACAGCUGAGCCCAAGGCUCAAAGAAUCUGAGCAGGAGUCCCACAGACUGAAGGAUCAUAUUCAGCUUCUACAGGUGGAUCUCCAGAGCAGUGAGAAAGAGAAGGAGAAGCUUUCUGCAGCGCUGCACAGAGGGUGUGGUGUUACACAUGAUCUAGAGGACCUGAAGACUGAGAACAAGGCCUUACGCAGAAGCCUGUCAGAGCAGGAACAGCAGCCACUGCAGAUGGUGGACAGUGAUUUGAAGGUGCAAUACCAAGCCCUUCUUGGCCAGCUGCAGGAGGCUCGGACACAGUUGCGUAAGGAGCUGCAGGCUUCCAACAAUACCCGCAAACGUGCAGAGCAAGCAGAAAGGGAACUGAAGGAGGUCAAGGAGUGCAUGGAGAGCACGGCCAUGACGUCUGAUCAGAUGAAGCAGAAGAGCAGCAAACUAGAGAUGCAACUUUCAGAGUUACACGGAAUCAUUGAGGAGAAAGAAAACAUGGCAGAGAUCGCUAAAGUAGAGAAAGAGGAGUUGUCCAGAGAAAAUCAGGAUCUCAAAAGAGAUAUUGAAAGACUUCGCAAGGAAUUUGAUGACGUCCAGGCUGCUCAAGUGCCCAUGCAGCAUCCCAACCCGUAUGGCUCUUCAAUGUACCCCACCCCCACUCAGGAGCAGCAGCAAGAUGCACUGGAUGACUCUCUCCACUUUGGGAACCCAUAUGAAACCCCAGGCACUGCUAUAAACCUGGAGGAAGAGUUGUCCUUGGAGUGUCGUCACUGCCAUGAAUCCUUCCCCGGCAUCACCCAGGAUGAGCUGGAGCUGCAUGAGCAAAGCCACAGAGUGUGCCCCUUCUGCACCCUUAUCUGUGACGGAAUGGCGCAGGCUUUAUAUGAAGACCACGUCUACAGCCAUGAGGUGUAGAGAUGCCACUUCCUCACAACCCGGAGAGUUGCUGUGAGUUGACUACUCAUUAAAGAAAGCUGAUACUCUACUAAUUAUUUUUGUAAGAGGGGGGGGGGACAAAUAAAUAUGGGCUAACAACCCAUCCAGGACAUUAUAUAUAAACCAACAUUUAUAGUCCCCUGUUCAUUACUGUAAAUGUCCUCUUACCUGGUAAAAUAAGGUUUAAGAAUUAAAUGUCCGGUAAAUCCGUAGCUAAUUGAUUUUGCCUGAAAUGUGUCAUACUAUAUCUGAUAUUUGUUUGAUGGCACUUAAGACUGUCCAUUCUUAAUUUUGGUCUUGGAAUAGAGAUUUGCCUCCAUUGCUGGGUGAUAGGAAUGUAUUGCAUUGCUAUUUAAUGGUUUCCUAUGUUUACUCUGUUAUAAUCUCUGCUGAACUAUGUUUACUUUGGAUAAUUGCACUAAACUGACUUUCUCCCCUUAAAGCUGCUGAUAAUAUGUAUACAUAACGUGUUGCAUAAUAGAGUAAAAUGAUUAAUGGUCAAAUGAUGCCCUCUGAUAAUGUAACAGUUGAAAUGGGAUUCAUGUGGGAAGCAACAAAUAAAGUUUUCUUCACAGUUGUGUUAA